AACACUUUAAAAGACUCGGGAUAGCACCAGAAUUCCCACAUGAAUGAUUUCACACCUCUACCUCAAGAAAUCGUCCCAGGAGCGGAUACCCAGAACAGAAAAGUCUCACAGUUCCUUCCACGGGGAUGAUUUCCAUUCAGCAUCCAUAUGCACAGCGCAGCCUCUGAUUAACUGCUCCGUUUUUAUUUAUAUAGCCCACUAAUUUAAUAUGGCAUUCACAGACUUCUCCAGUAGUGUUUUACUUGGAUGUGUUAUGAUUUUCAGCACCGUGCUCUAUCCUGUCGACUCUUACCUCUACAACAACCGCUACUUCGGUGAUCAAGUGUUGAGAAUAAUCCCCAGCAGCGACACAGAGGUUCAAGGAGUCAAACAGCUUUUCCAAAACCUGACGGUGGACCUUUGGAAACCAAACAGUGCAUUUAUGAUUCAAGAGAACAGCCCAGUAGACGUUCAUGUGGGACGGAACAAGACGCAAUGGCUAAGAAGACGUCUUCGCCAAGCGCACAUCCACUAUGAGGUGCUCAUUUCCAAUCUCCAAACCGAAAUUGAGAAACAGAUCGGACACCAGUCCUCCAGGAAGCGCAGAUCAGAAUUCCAGUAUGACUAUGAAGUGUACCAUCCUUUGGAAGAGAUCCAGAGUUGGAUGUUUGAGAUGAACCGGACACACCCACACCUGGUGGACCUGUUUUCUAUUGGUCAGUCCUAUGAAGGACGGCCCCUCUAUGUGCUCCAGUUAGGAAAGAGAACACGUCCCUUUAAGAAGGCAGUCUGGAUAGACUGUGGAGUGCAUGCAAGAGAAUGGAUUGGUCCAGCUUUCUGCCAAUGGUUUGUGAAAGAGGCGCUGAACUCCUAUCAACACGACUCCAGCAUGAGACGACUGAUGAAUCAGCUCAAUUUCUACAUUAUGCCUGUCUUCAACGUGGAUGGUUACCAUUACAGCUGGGAGACGGAUCGCUUUUGGCGGAAAACUCGGUCAAAAAUUCCAAAGUAUCAUUGUCGGGGAGUGGAUGCCAACCGAAAUUGGAAAGUCAAAUGGUGCGAUGAGGGUGCAUCCCUGCACCCCUGCGACGACACGUACUGCGGUCCCUUCCCUGAGUCAGAGCCUGAGGUCAAAGCUGUUGCCAAGUUUCUACGCAAACACAGGAAACGUGUCAAAGCCUACAUCUCUAUUCAUGCCUAUGCUCAGAUGCUCCUUUAUCCGUAUUCCUACAAAUAUGCCACUAUACCAAACUUCAACUGUGUGGAAUCAGCAGCCCAGAAUGCAGUGAGCGCUCUAUACUCAGCUUAUGGAGUGAGAUACAGAUACGGCCCUGCCUCCACCACACUUUAUGUGAGUUCUGGUAGCUCAAUAGACUGGGCCUAUAAAAACGGGAUAUCGUACGCCUUUGCCUUCGAGUUGCGUGAUACAGGCUACUUCGGCUUCCUGUUGCCAGAAGCCCUGAUUAACCCAACUUGCACAGAGACCAUGAGAGCAGUAAAGACCAUCGCUUCAGGCCUGCUGAAGAAAUGUACCAAAUGAAACCUUCUCUCUCUUCUCGUCUUGUCUUGUCUUCCCUCUAUCAAUUUCACACUCAUAAGCCAUAGCAAUGUCUAGCUAUGUACAAAUGUGCCUGUGUUUUAUUUUUUAAGAUUUAUUUAUUUUAUAAACUACUUUAAAGAAGCUCUACAUUAAACAAAAUGGUAUAAAUGUAAACAGUGAAGAAAUGCAAGCACUUGAAUUGUGAACUAAAGCUUUCUCAAAAGUGGAUUUUACUUAUGAGGCGAAUAUACAGUGAGCACUUGCUGCACAGACAAGCUUCAAAAGAACAGUAAUGCACAAAGAAUGUAAAUAAUGCAUACUGUUAGCUUAAAAUGGGUUCAUUUUAGUGUGGAUGCAGUGUGUAGUUGUGUAUCACUGCAGCUAAAAUACAGCUUUGAUUUUGUUUUGAAAUGAAACAGAAAAGGUCACCUGGGAACUCAACCUCUAAAAUGAGCCAGACAUGAAUACAUAAAAUUGCUGUUUUGUUUUGUUUUGUUUUGAAGAAAACUUAUGUCAAAGUAACUUUUACUUGUAUAAUUAAUUGUACUUGCAAGGGCAGAGUUUACAUUUGUACCGUUAAGUACUCUCAAGUUUAAUUGUAAUAAGCCAGUAUUUAUUUCAAUAAAAAAAUACAGUACUUUGUUAUAUAAAGUGUCUUGCAAGUUAGCAUUUAAAAUUUUGUUUUCAUUGUACACAGAUUUUUGUAUAUUACUGUUUAUUUUACCAACAGGUAGAUUAUUAAAAGUAGUUAAAUCAUAAUGUAACAUUCUUGCUCAAUAUAACACAGUCGCCAAUGGGCUCCAUCCAUCAUCCAAAAACGGAUUCUAUUAUGUGUUGUUAAUGCAAGAUAUAAGCCCUACUACCCAAAUAACGAAAAUGUACUUCACAAAUAUGUAAAAUAAAGCAAAUACAAGAACUUCA